CCAAUCGAAAAUAAAAAGAAGGUGAAAGAAGAACACAAGGGGGCAGGCAGUUUUCCGUUUUCAAGAAUCAGAUCGGAUCCUUAACUACCCAACUCAGCAUAUCCAUCUUUAUGUAUGUUUCCACUUUAAUUAAUUUUUUUUUUUUAAUAAUUUCUAUCAACCUGCCAUCAAAUUUUAUCUCCCCCAAUUCUUGGUGGGGUUACUGAGAAAAUAAUAAAAAUCACACCUUUAUAAUAAUAUUAUAAUCAAAUCCACCAUUUCUUGUUCUUUGAGAGUACGAGAAUCUAGAAUGUGGUCAUAUGCUUUGUUUAUGUUGGAUUAACCCAAUUCAUAAAUCCACACUGGGGUUCAAAUGGGUUUGUUUUUCUUGAUGAAAGCAACAAUCUUGGAGAUUCUGCACAAGGGUUUUGUGUUUCUGUUAAUUGUUUAGUGGAUAGUUGGGUGAGGUAAUGGGAUCAAAUGGUGGUGGUGAUGGUGGCGGUGAACCGCAACCGCGACGGGCCGAAUCGGGUGGGUUGGGGAGACUGAGUUCAUUGUAUGACCUAACUUUAGAUGAGGUACAACACCAAUUAGGGGAUCUUGGAAAGCCUUUGAGUAGUAUGAAUCUUGAUGAGCUUUUGAAGAGUGUUUGGACUGCUGAGAGUAACAUGAAUGUUGAUUACUCUCAUCUUGGUCAACAUGUUCCGGGUCCGUCUUUGGCUCGCCAGUCGAGCAUCAAUCUUGCUCAAGAUCUGCGCAAAAAGACGGUGGAUGAGGUGUGGCAAGGUAUCCAACAAGGUAAAAACAAAGGUAGUAAUAAUAGUAGUGGUAGUGGUAAUAAUGAUGGUGAUAAAAGGGGUAAUCGAGAGCGACAACCGACGCUAGGUGAGAUGACUUUGGAGGAUUUCUUGCUCAAAGCCGGGGUUGUUACCGGAUCCGGAAAGAAAAAUGUGGAUGUGAAUCAAGAGAACGCGAAUCAUCAACAAGCGCAGUGGAUGCAGUAUCAGGUUGCACCGAUACCGCAGCAACAUGUAUAUAUGUCAGGGCAUCAUCCGGUUCAACAGUCUUUGUCGAUUGGGGCGAACCCGAUGAUGGAUAUGGUUUAUCCGGAGACCCAAAUGGCAAUGUCUCCGUCGCAUUUGAUGCAUAAUUUAUCUGAUACGCAGACGCCUGGGAGGAAACGCGUUGCGUCUGGUGACGUGAUAGAGAAGACUGUCGAAAGGAGGCAAAAGAGAAUGAUAAAGAAUAGAGAAUCGGCUGCGCGUUCGCGUGCAAGAAAACAGGCUUACACACAUGAACUGGAGAACAAAAUCUCACGUUUGGAAGAGGAAAACGAACUACUUAAGAGACAGAAGGAGGUAGGGAUGGUAUUGCCGAGCGCACCACCACCCAAACCCAAGUACCAGCUCAGAAGAACAAGCUCGGCUUCUUUCUAACAGUUUGUUUUCAUCUUAAUAAGAAUAUUAGUAUGUUAUGUAGAGCCAAUUUUUUCCCUUUUCUCAGUUUUUGUUAGGAGACAUGGUUUUUAUGCAUUAAGUUUGCUGAUUUUCUUAGGUUUCUACAAACAGUGUAUCGGGUCAAUAUUAUGGUCGACGAAUGUGCUGUCCCCAACUGUUGUCUUUGCGAUUGUGUGGUCGUGAUUAUCGUUGUGAUUGUGAUUUCUCUAAAUUGCUUUUCCUUGUAUAUAUAUAGUUUACCUUCAUUGA